AUGGAUUUGGAAAAUAACAACCUUGAUUACGAAUUCUCUGAGGAGCAGUGGGAAAGUGUCCACCGUAGGACGGACCAUUUCAAUCGAGAUGUAGACAAUGAUUUUGAUCAGUAUAUGGGGAAUGCUGCUUCUGGAAACCACCAACAUGCUGAAGAUAGCAUUGACCCACAAUUCCAACAACCAGGCUCUCAGACUCCAUUCACUCAUCAACCCCAGCCAUUGAACCCUUCUCCAGCUGGCCGACAUUUCAUGGUGAAUUCUCAAAUAUUCCCACAACAAGGCACCCAGAAUUUGCAACGGCAUGCCGCUUCAUCUGGUGGGGACCCACCAGCAUUUCGCCCUAUUUAUCAGAGCCCGCACUCCUCUCAAAAUAUUUUUUCUUUUGGACCAUCUCCCCCUCUCCCUCGUCCUUCUUUACAACCUCAGCAAGACCACCAUACAGCCUCCUAUCUACAACUUUUCGAAGAUACAGAUAAUAAUAUUAAUAUCGACGGCUCUACUGCUGAGCUCAACUCUAAUUCUUUGCUUUCAACUGAUUAUCAAUAUCAACAAGAUAAUCAGUUGCAAACCACCUCACAAUACUGGCUCGCGCAGCAACAGAGCGCAGUACAUCCAGUCAACGCCGGUAGUCAUUAUCAUAACGACCGAAACUGCCAAAGUGCUCAUAAUUAUUCUGCCCCUCAACAUACUUCUUGGGAGCUAGAAAGCACUAUGGCCGAUGACUCUUAUUUGGAUGAGAGCCGCACUGCCAGUAUGGGAACCCAAAUAGAUGAAGUUAAUAAUUCACAUGAUGGUUCUCAACUAUAUGAGGUAGCUACAACUUCUUCCCAUAACGGCAACCCACCGUCGGUGGACAAUGAGGGUUCUGAGUACCACCCACACUCAGAAUCCGCUGUGUCUGAACCCGACCUGGAUGCCUGUCACCAGGGAGAUGGCGAAGAGACUGGGGAGGUUGAUGAGGCUGAUGAGGCUGGCGGAGAGAACCUUGAAGUCGACCCAGAAGAGGAUACUGAGAAGCCAAAAGGCAAAAAAAAGAAGACAAAUGUCGUAGUACCACGACCACCGAGAACACUCAAACCUCAAGAUCCUAACGAUCUUAUAUGUCCUGGUACUAUCACCUCAGUGAGUGAUUUUGAGUAUAAGAAGUGGGAAGCCGUCAUGGCGAGGAAGCGCGCCAAAUUCGUACCUCAGUUUGAUCUUACAACUCCAGAGGGACAAGCUGCAAAGGCGAAAUACGACGAGUUAUUUCGCAAUCGUGUUGCGCAGAUCUUCAGGGCUGUUAUGGAUUGCGACAACGAAGAGAUUAUUGACCUGCCGACUAAAAAUGCGGAGGGAGUCAGUGCAAUUGCCAAGAAGAUAGUCAACCACGUUUUCGAUCCCGAAUUUGUCGAAGAGAGGUGUGCCCGUGUCGUAGAGGCAAUUGUAGACUACGAUAAUGGCAUCAUAGGCAUUACCGAGGCAAAUCGCUCUCUUAAGAUCGAAAAGAAACUGACAUUCGACGAACGGUUUGAGCUGGUCAAGAAGGCUCUACGCAAGUCUAAAAACACAUGUAAAAAUGUCCUUAAGAACAACGACUAUAUUUACACGUUAGUCGCGUCUCCUUCGGGACAUAGUAAGCGUACUGAAGUCAAUAAUGUACUAAAUAUCAAAAGAAGUAUGCAGGUGAAAACAGCUGUAGCUCUUACCAAACUCGCUAAGGGGGAAGUUCCCGAGGUUCUCCUUCCAAGGGUGGACGAGAUGAAGGCGCUGGAUGAAAUGCCCAAAGGUCCACGCAGUAACGCCAAGGACCCAAACAAGCCGAAGCGAAAAUAUAAGAAGAACCCAAAGAAGGCAGCAACAGAAACUACCGAAGUUGACGAUGCUGCCCCUUCACAGCCACGUCAGAAACGCAAGUACACCAAGCGUACGCCGGCGACCCAGCCUCCUGCUGAGGCGGACAACGCAGAAGAGAACACCGAGCAGACGCAGAAGCCUGCCAAGCGUACUCGCACCAAGAAGAAUGCUGAGCCCAAACCUGUUGAGGAGGGUGGCGUUUCUGCAGUUGCAGGACCUUCUAGACAGGUCUCGCGCACAGCUUCUGCUGAAGGAUCCUCUCGACAAGCAUCAAGCACCUCUUCUGGUCGUCCAGGACCAAGCAUGACUUCUCCUCAUGCCUCAUCAGAGUUCACUUUCCGGUCUUCUUCCGAUGAGACAAUGGCGAUUAAUGCGAGAAUGAACAACACGCAACAUGUCACAGGUCCACCACCUACUCAAGUUGUUAUGCCUCGUGUACCCAUGUUUGGAGCACCCGGAUCUGACAUCGUUCUGGAUGUUAGACAUGCCGUUCGGACUGUUCCGCACUCCGCCCCUCGUCACCAGUCUGAUGGGAGAAUGUCAUUUGCUGACGAUUAUUCCGCGGGUAACCAAGACUCAAUGUUCGAGUUUGGGGACUUGGAAGAACCUCUAUUCGGGGAUGAGUAG